AUGUGGUUUCAAAUAGUCGCUGCACUGGCCAUGAUGUCCACGUUGACAUUUGCCAGUAAUUUAGCGGGUUAUGAAGGCUACAACAAAUAUACAGUAUUCCAUGACAAUGACAAGGCCUUUGAAUACAUGGUGGAGUUACAAACCCAAGAUGUUGAUUUGGAUUUUUGGCUGUUGUCUCGUAACAUGUCCAUAGUUUCUGUCAGUCCUGUAAUGCAGCCUAUUUUCGAGAAACGUUUAGCUGAAUUGGGUGUUACAUAUCAGGCCAAACCUUUAAUGGAAGAAAUGCUGAAAUUUAAUGAAACUUUGAGUAGCGAUGCAUCUUCCGAUUGUGAGGGUUCGGAGUGUGAGCAUAGCAGAACCAGGAGACAAGCUAGAGGUUUCUUUAAUCAUUUCCCCAGAUACAGUGAGAUUUUAAAUUAUAUGAAUGCUUUGGCUGCUCGCUAUCCUCAAUAUUGUCGUUAUGAGUCCUUGGGUCGUUCAAAUGAGGGCCGCCAUUUGGCUGCUUUGUCGAUUUCUCUUAACAGCCGUUCCCGUCCACGUCGUGUUGCUUACAUCCAGUCUGGUACCCAUGGCCGUGAAUGGAUUACACCUUUGGCCACUUUAUAUUUUGCUAAUGAAUUGCUGACCAAUAUUAGAGCUUUCCAACGUGUCUUGAAUGAUGUAGAAAUCUAUGUGCUGCCUUUAGUUAAUCCUGAUGGUUAUGAGUACACAUUUACCACGGAUCGUUUUUGGCGUAAAAAUAGACAUCAUUAUCCUGGUCGUUCUUGUGCUGGUGUUGAUAUCAAUCGUAACUUUGCCAACAAUUGGAAUUAUCGUGGUGCCAGUCAAAAUCUUUGCUCUGAAGUCUUCUCGGGCACUUCACCUGCCUCGGAACCCGAAACCUCAGCCAUUGUUCGUUAUCUUGAAUACAAUCGUAAUCGCAUAAAGUUGAGUUUGGAUGUUCAUUCGUUUGGAAAAUUCAUUUUCUAUCCAUAUGGUUAUUCAAGAAAUGCUCAUGCUCCCACACGUACCUUCUUGAAUUCCGUUGCCACACGUGCUGCCAAUCAAAUUGCCAAAUACCGUGGCACCCACUACACGGUUGGUACAUCGGCCAGCAUUUUGUAUGAAGCUUCCGGUGGUCUUGAUGAUUUUGCUUAUGGUAAUUUGGGCAUACCCAUGUCCUUUACUCUGGAAUUGCCUGGUGAUAAUUUCCAAGUUGCCACUUCGGAUAUUGUGCAUGUUUGCAAGGAGACAUUUGCUGGUUUUGUCGAAUUUAUUAGACAUGUUAGUUUAUAUUAA